AUGCGUUCCAUUUUGAACCAGCUGCUUGUCGCGGCAGCUGUCCUUGCCGUGGCCGUUUUGGCGGCCCCGUCACAGUCUGACCGGCGGGAUCAGAGCUGCAACGGCUCACCGUCACUCUGCAGCCGGCGCUAUAGCGACGUCACUUACGUUGGCUCGCACGACUCAGCCUUCGUUGGUCUUUUGCCCACCGAUAACCAGUUCACGUCUGUGGCCAGCCAGCUCGGCCAGGGAGUACGUUUCUUGCAAGCCCAGAGCCACAACAAGAACGGUGUCAUUGAGCUCUGCCACACCAGCUGUCUCGAGAAGGAUGCUGGGACGCUCGCCAGCUACUUGACCCCCAUCAAGAGCUUUCUUGACGGCAACCCAAACGAAGUCAUCACUCUUCUUCUUACAAAUGGCGAUUCCAUUCCCGUCUCUCAGUUUGGGACCGUGUUCUCAGCUGUGGGUCUCGACUCAUACGCGUAUGCUCCCUCGGGUACGCUGAGCCUCGACCAGUGGCCAACUCUAGCUGAGCUGAUUUCGAGUGGGAAGCGGCUGGUUGUUUUUAUGGACUACCAUGCGGAUACAUCGCAGGUCAACUAUAUUCUUGACGAAUUCACAUACCUCUACGAAACUCCAUACGACACCACAGAUCCUAAUUUCGCUGAGUGCACACUCGACCGUCCUGCUGGAGCUAGCGCCUCCGGCCGCAUGGGUCUGGUGAACCACUUCCUUGACGUCGAGAUUGAUAUUUUUGGCGAAGUCAUUCUCAUCCCAGACACGAUUAACGCGGGUACUACGAACUCGCUUUCAUCUAUUACUGAUCAGACAAGCCUUUGUGUCAACGCGUUCGGGCGUACUCCCAAUUUUGUUUUGCUCGAUUUUAUUUCCAUUGGUCAGGCGAUGGAUGCUCAGAACCAGCUGAAUGGCUUGUAG